GUGCCGCUGCCUUGUCAGGAGCAUUGAUCCACGGUUUUUCCCCUGCAGUCAUUGUAUUGGAGUUGACUGGCCAGAUCUCCCACAUCAUGCCGGUGAUCAUAGCCGUGAUCUUGGCCAAUGCAGUGGCUCAGUCCUUGCAGCCCUCACUCUAUGACUCCAUGAUCAAACUCAAGAAGCUACCCUACCUCCCAGAGCUGGGCUGGGGAAACCAUGAAAAGUAUAACAUUCGUGUGGAAGACAUUAUGGAACGAGAAAUGUGGUACAUCACUCUUAACUGCUGCUAUCGAGAUCUUCAAAAUGUCCUGACAUCAGGCCACCUCAAAACUCUGGCUCUUGUGGAAUCUGCUGAGUCGAUGAUCCUGUUGGGCUCCAUCGAGCGUGCCCAGCUCCAGUCCCUGCUCUCCCAGCAGCUCAGUCGCAGCAGACGGCUGGAAUACAUCAAAGAGCGAGCUAAUGCUGAGAAAAAAUGCCUGUCCGUGGUGUCCUACAGUGAUGGUGAUGAUGGACGGCAGCGGGCCAGUCAGGAGGUCCGCUUUCAGGUCGCUACUGAGGAGUCCCCCCUCAGUCCAACUCAUCACUCUGUCCAGAAGCCUCUUAAAUCUGCACUGAAAAGACCCUCUGUGGUAGAGACACCUACUGAACUGCCCAACAGUUCACAUGAUCGUUCGAACAUUGCACUGAAGAACCUGUUCUGCUGCAGUCCAGACAUAGAAGCCCUUGAGGAACCACCACCUGGCUUCAAGGAUUUCUUUGGGGAUGAUGUGUAUGACAACAUGACUCAUAAAGAG